AUGGAUGACAAAGAAGCAGAUAAAUCAUGGAACGAUAUUGAUUCCGGUGAGGCGAUCGUUAUUUCUGGUAUUGCUGGUAGAUUUCCUCAUUCAGAUAACAUGGAUCAAUUACGAGAAAAUUUAUUCAAUAAAGUUGAUCUUGUAAGUGCAGACCAUAACCGAUGGAAAAUAGCUAUGGAGCAUGCAGAAUUCCCAAAACGUAUGGGAACUGUCAAUAAUAUAGAAAAAUUUGAUGCGGAUUUUUUUGGAAUAUCUUUUGAGCAAGCACAAGCAUUCACACCCGAAACGAGACUGUUAUUAGAACAUUCUUACGAAGCAAUCAUCGAUGCGGGAAUCAAUCCGAAGCAAUUAAAAGGAAAAAAUACUGCUGUAAUUAUAGGAUCAUCUCUAAUUGAAGCACAAAUAACAUUGUUUAAAGAUACUCAGUUAAGCGGACAGAAUGUUCUCGGAUUGAAUAAAUCUACGAUGGCAAAUAUUAUUUCACACUACUUUGAUCUAAAAGGACCAUCUUAUACUAUCGAUACAGCAUGCAGUUCUAGUCUUUACGCCAUAGCCCGUGGUUACUAUUAUAUUAUGUCAGGAAAAUGCGAAGAUGCGAUAAUUGGAACUGCAAAUUUAUGUUUUCAUCCUCUUAUAAACCUGCAAUUCGCUCGGCUUGGUGUCUUGUCACCCGACGGUUAUUGUAGACCAUUUGAUAGCGCUGCUAACGGUUAUGCACGUAGCGAAACGAUCGCAGUGGUAUACCUUCAAAAAGCAAAAAAUGCUAAGAGGAUUUAUGCCAUAUAUCCAUAUAUUAAAUUGAAUAGUGAUGGUUACAAAUCAGAAGGCAUAACAUAUCCUUCAUCACAAAUGCAAUAUACCUUACUAAAGGAAUUUUACGAAGAAUGCAAAAUACCAGUAUCUUGUUUGGAUUAUGUCGAAGCACAUGGUACCGCUACCAUAGCUGGCGAUCCUCCAGAAAUUAAUGCUAUCUAUAAUGUUCUGUGUAAAAAUAGAGAAACUCCAUUAAUUAUCGGCUCUGUAAAAUCCAAUCUUGGGCAUACUGAACCUGCGAGUGGUUUUAAUCAAAUCGCUAAGGUAAUAAUAGCAUUUGAAACUGGCCUUGUUCCACCAAAUAUCAAUUAUACAUUGCCGAGGAAAGAUAUAGAUGCUUUGAUAAAUGGAACUGUUCAAGUCAUCCAAGAACCAAUGCCACUUCAAAAUGGUUACAUAGGAAUUAAUAAUUUUGGUUUUGGGGGAUCGAACGCUCAUAUGUUAUUAAAGUGGAAUCGUAAACAGAAAGUUAAUAAUGGAGCACCGAAUGAUGACUUACCUAGACUUGUAAUAUUAUCUGGAUGCACUGAAGAAUCAGUGAAGUUGUUUUUAAACGAAAUUGCAGAUCGUCCGAUAGACGUAGAGUAUAUUCGUUUAUUACAUGAUAUCUAUGCAGACAAUAUAGACGGUCACCAAUGGAGAGGGUAUAUUAUAUUGAAUACUUUCAAAGAAGAUUCAAUAAAGAAAAUACAAAAUUGUGGAAACGUGAAAAGAUCUGUUUGGUUUAUAUUUUCAGCCUUAGGUUUUCAAUGGCCAAGAAUGGGCCGAAGUUUAUUAAAGUUUCACGUCUUCGAAGAAGCAAUAAGAAAAUGUGAUAAUGUUUUAAAACCGUACGGUAUAAGUGUUAUAGACAUUUUGACAAAAAAGGAAGAAAAAAUAUGCAAAAAUGCGUUAAACGCUUUUCUUGGAAUCAUCGCUAUUCAGAUUGGUUUAGUAGAUCUCUUAACAUCAUUAGGAAUUACUCCCGAUCACAUGAUUGGUCAUUCUGCCGGUGAACUUGUUUGCGCAUAUGCAGAUGAAUGCCUUACCAUUGAACAAACUAUUUUAUCAGCAUACUUUAUCGGUAUAGCAUGUGCCGGAGGAAAAAUAAUUGAUAGCUCGAUGGCGCUUGUCAAUAUCGAUUAUAAGUGUCUUAAAGAUAUAUGUCCAGCGGAUAUCGAAAUAGUAUGCCACAAUAGCAAGAACUGCAGCGUCAUAUGUGGACCACCAGAAUCCGUACAAAAAUUUAUGAAAAAAUUACAGGUUAACAAUAUUUACAUGAAGGAGGUCAAUUGCAACAUACCGUUUCACAGUUCUUACGUCGCAUCCGCGGAAAGUCAGCUUUUGCUUAAUUUGAACAAAAUAAUACCACACCCAAAAAAACGAAGUUCAAAGUGGAUUAGCACUUCUAUACCUUGCACCGAAUGGUUCACUUCAGCAUCAAAGUUAUCGUCGGCGGACUAUCAUACUCGAAGUAUAUUAAACACUGUUCUAUUUCAACAAGCAACAGAUCUAAUUCCAAGUAAUGCUGUGGUCAUCGAAAUCGCACCAGACGAUGUUCUGCAACACGUUUUGAGAGGAUCUCUACAUCCAAACGUGACAAACCUUGUAUUAACUCGACCCACGGAACAAAACGUUGAUAUAAUUUUACAAGGAAUUGGAGAGUUGUAUAAUUGUGGUUUACAGCCGCAAAUUACUAAAUUAUACCCACCAGUGCAAUUUCCAGUUAGCCGAGGAACUCCUAUGAUUUCCCCAUCAAUCAGGUAG